UGAUAAAAAAUCUAGUCAUGUGUAUCUUUAUUUAUCUUUCAAUCUGCUCUCAUAAAGAAAGUUAAUAAAAUUACACACUCAUCGUAUUGCCCUGCAUUUAUUCCCCUUUCCUUAAACCUCUACAUUGAAAAUGGAUACGACAAGGAAAACAAAAGGUCUACAAGAGCGCUUGCAAGAUGGCGGAACUAUUGUGAUUGCAGAAGGUUACUUGCUCGAAUUUGAGAGACGCGGCUACCUAAAGGCAGGAGGAUUUGUACCGGAAGUUGUUAUUGAGCAUCCUAACCUCGUGCGCACAUUACACGAGGAAUUCGUUCAUGCUGGAAGUGACGUAGUUGAAGCUUUCACGUAUUACGGCAACCGAGAAAAACUACGGUCAAUUGGUAGGGAAGAUGACCUUGAGAAACUCAACAAGACCGCUCUCCGCAUCGCACGUGAAGUGGCAGACGAGACUGGAACGCUGAUGGCGGGAAAUAUUUGUGUGACGGGCGUUUUCAGCGCAGAAGAUAAAGAUUCGCACGAAACAACACGAAAUAUGUUCAUUGAGCAAGUGAAGUGGGCUGUGGAAGGAGGUUGUGACUUCAUCAUAGCUGAGACGUUUGGUUACCUUGGUGAAGCAAUGCUCGCUCUUGAAGUUAUUAAAGAACAUGCAAAAGGAAUUCCAGCUGUUGUCACACUCACAGCUUUUGUUCCGGAUGUGACGUUAGACAAGGUGCCGUUUCCAGAUGCGUGCCGGAUGUUGGAGUUGGCGGGUGCGGCGGCUGUGGGUUUGAACUGUACACGAGGACCGAACACAAUGCUCCCUCUGCUAAGAGAAAUAAGGAAAGUUUGCCAGGGCCCCAUAGCAGCACUUCCUGUACCAAUGAAUACGACCGACAAAUGCAGAACAAUGUACUCGUUGAAAGAUCCGCAAACAGGCGAGUUAAUGUAUCCGGAAAAUAUAAACGGUUUCAUUUGCAACAGAAAAGAAGUCCGUCGCUUUGCGAAGGAAGCUAAAGAAAUAGGCGUGCAAUAUAUUGGACUAUGUUGCGGUGAUGCGGCUAAUCUGUUGCGAGAGAUAGCGGAAGAGUAUGACAGGACACCGCCGUCAUCCAGGUACGCCCCAGAUAUGUCCAAUAAUAUUAUGAUUGGCGAAGCGGGAGAAAAAGUCAGCAAAGAAGGAGGGAUGGUUAGAAGAUAUUCAUUAGGAGACUUCACCCAAGAGGAACUUGAAUCCCUACACAAAUCUGCUAAGAAGCUCGAUAUCCACCAUGAACACGAAUGAAGGAUGUGACGUCACUUUAUGUAUCCAUGGAACGAGACUAAAAGGAAUUUAGCUAUGGAGAUCGCUUUUCAAUGAAAACAAUUUGCAAAUAAGGCGUGAAAGGGGCAUCACCAUUAAUUGUUAUUACACUCUUUAUUGAAUGAAAAGUUCAUGGUUGAGGUAUAUAAAAAUGUUGCUCAAGUUAUUGUCUUGAAGAACGAAAAAUAAUCACAAAAAAAGAAAACUGUU